AUGAAGCUGAAGCUGAAGAACGUGUUUCUCGUCUACUUCCUGGUGUCGAUCGCCGGCCUCCUCUACGCGCUGGUGCAGCUCGGCCAGCCAUGUGACUGCCUCCCGCCGCUGCGGGCAGCAGCAGAGCAGCUCCGGCAGAAGGAUCUGAGGAUUUCCCAGCUGCAAGCUGAUCUCCAUCGCCCGGCCCCGGCCCCUGCCCAGCCCCCUGAGCCUGAGGCCCUGCCUACUAUCUAUGUUGUUACCCCCACCUAUGCCAGGCUGGUGCAGAAGGCCGAGCUGGUGCGACUGUCGCAGACCCUGAGCCUGGUGCCCCGGCUGCACUGGCUGCUGGUGGAGGACGCGGAGGGCCCCACCCCGCUGGUGUCCAGGCUGCUGGCCGCCUCCGGCCUCCUCUUCACGCACUUGGCGGCCCUCACGCCCAAGGCCCAGAGGCUCCGGGAGGGCGAGCCGGGCUGGGUUCGCCCCCGCGGCGUAGAGCAACGGAACCGGGCUCUGGACUGGCUGCGGAGUGGAGGGGGCGCUGUGGGGGGGGAGAAGGACCCUCCGCCCCCGGGGAUCCGGGGGGUUGUGUACUUUGCCGACGAUGACAACACCUACAGCCGGGAACUCUUUGAGGAGAUGCGCUGGACCCGUGGUGUCUCCGUGUGGCCCGUGGGGCUGGUGGGCGGCCUGCGAUUCGAGGGCCCGCGGGUACAGGACGGCCGGGUUGUGGGCUUCCACACGGCGUGGGAGCCCAACCGGCCCUUCCCCGUGGAUAUGGCGGGAUUUGCCGUGGCCCUGCCCUUGCUGCUGGCUAAGCCCGAUGCCCAGUUUGACGCCACCGCUCCCCGGGGCCACCUGGAGAGCAGCCUCCUGAGCCACCUGGUGGACCCCAAGGACCUGGAGCCACGGGCUGCCAACUGCACCCGGGUUCUGGUGUGGCACACGCGGACGGAGAAGCCCAAGAUGAAGCAGGAGGAGCAGCUGCAGCGGCAGGGCCAGGGCUCAGACCCCGCCGUGGAGGUGUGA